AUGGUUGCUCAGUGGUCUUUACAAAGCUGCAAAGAACCUUUACUUGAAACACCUACUAUUGAGCUGAAGGACUGGACCGAUGGGUAUUGCUGGGCAAGGAAAGAUUUAAGAAUAAAGAUUUUAUCAUUCAACACGGCAUACACUGAAUACUUGAUCCCAAGUAGUAGCCAAGUAGGAGAGGUAUCGUACGGUGAGCAGUGGUUAAACUUUGAAGAUUACAAGAUGAAACAUUUUGCUUUCUGGAAAGUCACAGUGCCUAAAAACGAAACACAAAAUGUAGAAUGGAGAAAAGGAUCCUGCACUUGCCCACAGUUUCAUAAAAAAUACGUUUGUAAACACCUUCUAGGGCUCGCUAUUAGAUUGAAGCUCGCGACUCCACCUAUGGAAGCGAAAGCACUACCUAUAGGACAAAAAAGAAACGGGGUCGUCCUACUAAAUCCAGACCUGCUCUUAUAA